UUGCAACUAAAAAUCACGGCCUGCUCCGGGCAGCUGCUGCCCCCAUGAGUUGCCCGACGAGCAAGAGAGAAUCUUGUCAAGAGCCUUCUACUACUUUCCCAAAACCGAGCGAAAUUCGGUGGAUGUAAAAGAGGAAGAAAAACGAAGAGAAGCUAUGGAGGGUAGCCAAUCCACUGUAAGAAGGGCGACGUUCCAUCUGCCGUUCGAGAUAGCGAUUGAAAUCCUAUCGAGGUUGCCAGUGAAAUCCCUCUUGCGAUUCAAAUCCGUUUGCAAAAGCUGGUACGCUCUCAUCAAAACCCCUAGUUUUAUUUCCAAACAUCUUCUGACCCAAUCCACUCUAAAUUCCACCUCUCUCCUAGUAACCACUUGUUACUAUGGUGAUAAAACCCCAAAGUAUGCCAUGUCUUUACUUUCCAACGAUGGGUUCAGUGGCCCUAUCGAUUUUCCGUUUUUAACUCCCACGAAUUAUCAUUCCAUUUCGCGCCCGACUGAGGGGACUUGUUUUAGGGUUGUGGGUAUCUGUAACGGUUUAGUUUGCAUAAAUCUAUCGCGCUUUGGAUUUCCCUUGAUUCUAUGCAAUCCCUCCACCAGACAGUUUCAAGAAAUUCCGGGUGCCGAAUGGAAUUGGGUCGAUGAGAAUAACUAUGUUUACAGGAUUAGUUAUGGGUUUGGCUUCCAUCCCAGUGCUAAUGAUUACAAGUUGAUUAGGAUUGCGCUUUAUCUUAAUACCUUGUUUGAAGAAAAUAUCCGAGCUGAUCUGUAUGUGAUGAGCACUGGUACUUGGACGAAAAUUGAUGUUAACAAGCUUUCGUUGUUCUUUGGGGUGAUGAAUGAAUUGUGGGAGUAUGAUAACAUCGUGCGAAUUGAUGGUGGUUCUGCUUCAGCAGUCUUGAAUGGAGUUUUCUAUUGGCCGGCGCGUGUAGGUCCGAAUAUAGUCCCAACUGAUCAAGUGGUUGUUAUGUCCUUCGACAUGGGUAAUGAGGUGUUUAGAAAAAUUAGAACACCGGAGUGUUUGGGUGGGACUUGGGAUGAAAUUUACUGGCAAUUUACGGAACUAGAUGAUAAACUUGCUCUUGUUGUUUCUCAUCAGAAAAGUGGCUUUGAUGUGUGGGUGUUGAAUGAAAACGAGAGUUCUUGGACUAACCAAAUGAAAGGUGUAUCUCUUCCAAUUCCAAGGAUUGCAAGUGACAUGGGAAAUGGGGAAGAUGUUGAAAGUACAGUGGUGGGAGGUGGGAAUAAUGGUGAAUUGUUAUUGACUCGGCAAAAUGUUUCUGGCGAUAUAAAACUCGUUUCGUAUGAUACAAAGACCCAGCAGACUAAGGAUCUUUGUUUUGGUCAUGUUCAGUAUGAAUCUGGUCUUUAUUUGUAUGUGGGGACCCUACUUCCAGUCAUGCAAGCCAAUGAAGUCGUGCUCAACUAGAAGAAUGUGAAAAGGGGGAAUUGAGUUCGGGGAAUCUACUCAUCGGGAGUGAUUAGCUAUUUCUUAUGUUUCUUUCUCUGGUCAUGUUCAAUUUAGUUGUAGCAGCUUAACUAUAUGCACGAAGUAGUCUCUUCUGAAAACUAACUGAAACUACCUUUUUGUUACUGCUAUGUUGUGUUCCAUGUACGACUCCAAAAGUACUUUCUUUUGAAUAUGUAAUAUAUCUUUAUAGGUGGAAUGUGUAAUUGACUUUCAUCAACGGUGAUAGUUUUAAUUUCUGCAUGUGAUCCUUAAUCCUU